AUGCUGAUGGACGGCAAUGGCGAAUACGAUUUCCUCCUCACACCCAAGGGGUCAAAUGCGUGGGGAAAUAUGAUGCUGAACAGCGGCAGUAGCAGCAGCAUCGAUAGAAAUGAUAACAAUGUGACCACCGGCAGCGGCAAGGUUGGAAGUGUGUCGUCGAUGGAUGAGGCGGUUGAGAACUUUUUGGCCAUGUGCGGGGCCACCAGCUUGACGCCCAACGACGACAGCGCGUCUGGGCGGAGGCACAAUACAGCAGCCACCACGAUGACGAAGACAACAACGACAGCGAAUGCCAGCAAUGGUCACGCCUCGCUUCGGCACGAGGCCCCCUUCAGGGGGGCGUCGGUGUCCCUGGUGGUCGACGACGGGCCGCAGGAUGCUAGUCCGAAGGUGCGUUGUGACGCCUUACUGCAAAGCAAGAGCCCCAACACCGCCGCCGCCAUGGCGCAACUGGAGGAGCUGAUGGACUACGACCUACGCGCGACGGAUGACAGCGCAGUGGAGGCCGUAAGCCCCGGUGCCUACGCCGCCUUUGAGGAGUUCCUGCAGGGCCUCGCGGAGCAGCCAGCUUUGGUAUCGAGUCCUGCACUCCACGAUCCCCCCGAUGUGGCGUCAAAUCCCGCACUUCACAAUCCUCCAGAUGUGGCGUCAAAUCCCGCACUUCACAAUCCUCCAGAUGUGGCGUCAAAUCCCGCACUUCACAAUCCCCCAGAUGUAGCGUCAAAUCCCGCACUUCACAAUCCCCCAGAUGUAGCGUCAAAUCCCGCACUUCAUAAUCCCCCCGAUGUGGCGGCAAAUCCCGCACACCACAAGUCCCCAAUGGCUGUCGCUGCUGCAGCUGCUCGCCGCCGCGCCUCGUCGGGACUGCAGAGCAUCAUGAUCCCGCGGGCUCAAUUCAUCAGGGAGGCGAACAUGCCAUUAUCCGCAUCGGAAGCGGAGGCAGCAAGAGCAAAGGAUAACAAGUAUGAGCGGAGCAACGGGCGGCAUGUCGUUUUCGCGCCGGGUACUGAAAGCCCACCGCGGUACCGCAGUGAGAGCCCGUCGUCAGACGAUGGGAGUGACCCGUGA